CUUUACGGUACCUGCCAAAAGUGUCGCGAAAGCAGUAGCCACGAUUAUCGCAAACUGUAGUGUGCGGGGCUUACGGCAGCGUGAUGGCGGAGUCAGUGCUUAGUGAAGACACGGUCAGCAGAGUGAGCUCUGUCCUUAACCGUGAUGUAAAGCAGUUUGGAAAAAAGUUCUUAUUUGACCGAAAUGACGAAACAUGUUGGAACUCUGACCAGGGCUCUGCUCAGUGGGUGUUGCUCCAGUUUCCUCAGUCCGUAAAAAUAACUGAACUACAGCUCCAGUUCCAGGGCGGUUUCACAGGCAGGAUGUGCAGACUCGAAGGUAGCAGUAGAGGAGCCAAUUUCAUGAAAAUCACCAAUUUCUAUCCUGAAGACACCAACUGCCAGCAGAGAUUCUCGAUCAGUGAGCAACCAGUUGUUGACAAACUGAAGAUCACGUUUGAGGAAAGUACUGAUUUUUUUGGAAGAAUUAUUCUCUAUCACCUUGAUGUUCUUGGUGAGAAAGAGUUAAAACUUUCGCAUCACACUGCCCAGCAGCAGCAUGAAGGAAUGGGCCAGGAACCAGCUUGAAAAGCUCCAAUAAUACAGAGAGUGCCCGAUGAUGCAUCAACUUGACCAGACCGUAACACCAUAAAAAUAAAUUAAUGUUACUGAUUCUUCAACUAUUACAACUGGACAACCAGGACAAAUUGUGGAAGGACUUGUGAUAGCCUUUCAUUGAUGCCUUUUUGACUGGAUGCCUACAACAAGUAGCCCCGGGAACUUUGGAUUUUAUGGAGCAUCUGUUGGGACUCACGGAAGAGCAGCAUGGAAACGGCGGGGGGAGCAGUGGAAGUGGAAAUAAAGAAUCUGGGUAAGAUUGCAGAAAGGA